GACCAACUCCACACCUCAACCACACCAAGCACCUCCACGGCUCCACCAACCUUAGUAGCCGAGAGAGAGGGAGGCCGUAGUAGAAUAACAACCAACGCCCUGCAACCAAAUCGACGGGUACACAAUAUCCCUUAGCUUCGAGCCCUUCCCGGAGUCUGUCCUACUUACCCCUUAUGCUACUCGAACCUCUCGUUCUAACAAACUGGAACUAUUUAGAAAACCUCUUAUUCCUAUUCAACAUCUCCAAGCCGCCCAUUGACUCCUUUCCUUGCCCAUUCCUUCAUGUAACCUGCCCGCUUGGUCGAACUCGCAGCCAGCUUCGGUAACUCUCCUCCUCCUCCUUCCCCUCCUCCUCUAUCCCCAUACCCCAUACCCCAUACCCCAUACCCCGAACCCUCCAUCUCCUGCCAACCAGUUCCCUCUGCCGGCCACCACUCACUGCUUCAGGUCUUUGGUGCAAUAUUGACAGCUAGACAGCCUUCCACCUCAAGUCUUUUUUCUCUUUCUUCCUCCCAACGGCUGGGAAAGAAGGGGAGAAGAGGAAAGUGGAACAAGGAGAUCUUUGUUACCUGCUACAUUGCUAGUUUUUGCUAUUCCGCUCGAGUCGUUUAAGGGGCUUCUUGGUAGCCUAGUCUCUGUGGGGGACUGAGGGCUUUCACAACCAGUAUUGGGAGCGGGGAAUUAUCGAUCACUGGCACUGACUCUUCGUUUUUUUUUAGGGGGGAGACUUUCUGCGCUUUUCUUUUUCUUUUUCUUUUUUUUUUUUGAUCAACUGAUUGCGGGAUCGUACGUUUUCAUCUCAUCAAUCACUUCCGGGAAUAUGUCCUCCUUCUACAGCGAUAAUUCUUUUCUUAACCCAGGGCCAGCCCCAAGACCUCCAGGAGCUCGUUCACCGCUAAGUGUAAACUCUAACCAGAACAACCAUCAUCCACACCACUCCACCUCAUCCACUCUUACCUCCUCGACAAUUGUUUCUCCUUCACCUUUCGGUUCUACCAUUAGUUUAACGUCAAAUUCAACCGGCAUCAUGAACGGCGGAGGCGGCGGUGGUUCGCCAUUUUCCCAAGACAGACGGAUCCGGGAGGGUUGGGCGACCAUCAAGGAGGAUGGGCUCAAGUCGUUGUAUUGGGCCAAAAAGUACAUUAUUUUGCGCGAGCUUUCUUUGGACUUUCUCAAGACCGAAACAUCCUCUUCGCCCACAUUAUCUGUUUCGCUUAGGGAUAUCGUGUCGGUUAAUCGCACCGACUUGAAACCUUACUGCUUUGAGGUUGUCAGAAUGGCCUCUUCUCAGAACGGUGCCAACUCGAUGGCUUCAGACGCUCCUCGGAGAACAGUAUUUGUCUCUGUCAAAUCUGAACAAGAGCUGUAUGAUUGGGUCGAAGACGUUUACUCUAGAUGUCCUUCUAUGGGCGGGGUUAGUAAUCCUACAAACUUUACUCACAAGGUCCAUGUCGGGUUCGAUCCGGUCAGCGGUGGAUUUACGGGACUUCCCGAGGAGUGGAGCAAGCUCUUGAACUCCAGUGCUAUCACGAAGGAGGAUUACCAGAAGAACCCCCAGGCUGUUAUCGAGGUGUUGGAGUUUUAUACCGAGGGUCAGCGUGGUUUGAAUAACCAGAAUGCUUAUGGUAUGGGACCUGCUUCGGCUCCAGCGGUUGCUGCGCAACAGAGACAGAUGGCGCAAAUGAACCUCGGAAGCCCUCAGCCAGGCCCCGCUCGCCAGGAUACCCGGGAUCGAGAGCAAUGGGAAAGGGAGCGCGAGAGGGACGCUUACCGUGAGCAAGAAUACGAAAGGGAUAGAAGGGAGCAGCAGGCCCAACGUGAGAGACAGGAGAGAGAUAGAAGGCAGCGCGAGCUGGAGAAAGAGCAAGAGAGACGUGAGAGGGAUCGAGAAGAGCGUCUUCGUGAGGAGGAGCUCUUCAAUUCCCAACGUCAACAAGAACGACAUGGUGACCUUGAUGGUAAUGACUAUCCCCAAAAGAGUAGCACCGCACACACACCCAUCAUGAUGGGUGGUGGUGGUGGUGGUGGUGGCGGAGGUGGGCUCUCUUCUCAGGGAAGGUAUAAUCCUAUGGCCCCUAAAACAUCGACCAAAACCCCUCAGAAGGCUGCACCUAGCCUUCGUGAUAUGGAUCCCCGUCGCCCUGCACCCUCCGCACCCUCUUCUACUCUCCCCAGACCAUCACCAAGCCAACGGAGCCAGCAAUCAUCCCAGCAACAGACAAGUUUGCGCGCGCCCUCCCAGUCGAGCCAGCAGAGAUCAAGGGAGCCAUCUCCUGCUUCCGGAACCCGACAACAACAGCUGGCACAGCAACAGCAGGGGAGGGCGCCCGCUAGCACUGUUAAGCAACCGUCGCAGGCUCAAGUUCAGACUUCUCGUAUUCCGGCACCUGCAACCCCUACUGUCAAGCCUCUUAAUGUUCCCACUAAAGCAGCCCCGGCCAAAGAGGCUGUUAUGAAACAGGAACGCAAGGAAAACCAGAGACGUAUCUCCAACAUGACCGAGGCCCAAGUGAUGGAUAAGUUACGCUCUGUGGUCUCCCCUACAGAUCCGAAUCAGCUCUACACCAAAAUCAAGAAGGUCGGACAAGGAGCUUCGGGAUCCGUCUAUGUUGCCAAGGUCAACGGCACGGCGUCCUCCUCAAUGUCUAUGUCUAUGCUGGCAAGCUCUGGUAAGGGCGUAGCAAACCGGGUCGCAAUCAAGCAGAUGGAUUUGGCACACCAACCAAGGAAAGAGCUUAUUGUCAACGAGAUUCUCGUGAUGAAGGAGAGCCAGCAUCCUAAUAUUGUCAACUUUUUGGAUGCUUUCUUGAAGGGCCCGAGCGAGCUGUGGGUUGUUAUGGAGUACAUGGAAGGCGGCGCCUUAACCGAUGUUAUUGACAACAACAGCUUGGAAGAGGAUCAGAUUGCUACAAUUUGCUUUGAAGUGAGUUUCUUAGAGACGAGUAAAUUGUUUCAAUAAUGUCACGUGCUAAGGUUGGCGAAAAAUAGACCUGCAAAGGCUUGGAGCAUUUGCAUACCCAGAACAUUAUUCACAGAGAUAUUAAGAGUGACAAUGUCCUUCUUGACGGCACUGGACACGUUAAAAUUAGUAAGUUUUACUAUCCUCCCUUUGGCCGGCUUUGGUGGCAUGGGUUAUCAGUGGUGGAUCUUCCGUCUUCUAUCGGUCUUUCUGCCAUUUCGGCAUAUGCUCUUGGUUGCAAGUCUAACUUAAUUACAGCUGAUUUCGGGUUCUGCGCUAAGUUAACCGAGCAGAAGUCGAAGCGUGCGACAAUGGUUGGAACUCCGUACUGGAUGGCACCUGAGGUUGUUAAACAAAAGGAGUAUGAUGCUAAAGUUGAUAUCUGGUCCCUCGGAAUUAUGGCUAUUGAAAUGAUCGAAUCUGAGCCUCCUUACCUUAAUGAGGAACCUUUGAAGGCUCUUUACCUCAUCGCUACCCAUGGAACCCCUACGCUUAAGAAGCCUGAGAAAUUGAGCAAGGAACUCAAAAAUUUCUUAGCGGUGUGUCUCUGCGUCGAUGUUAAGCAUAGGGCUACAGCGGAAGAACUACUCAAACACGAAUUCUUGAGAAAAGGAUGUCCGUUGGCCAGUCUUGCAGCCCUCUUGUCUUUCAAGAACGGCAAAUAGGCGGUUUGGAGCUCAAGUAGUCCCGGGGGUUAGUGCCAGUGUACAGUUUCCAAACGGAGCGAAUGGAUAAAACGUGGGGGAUAAAAGCGGGCUUUGGUUUGAGCCGGCUACGGAAAUGAUAAAUGUCUUAUGCACAAGUUAUCCAUGGUCAUCUAGAAACGUUGGAUGCUCCUUGCUCUGUUUUGUGUGUUUCUCUCACUUUUUUCUUUCUUUUCGCGUUAUGGUUCAAUACCUUUUUCAUUUCCAAUUUUAUUUUCAUCUUCCUUUUCUUUGUACCGGGCACGAUACAGAUUAAAGAGCAAUGUCCUAUUUUCUCAAUCAUUAGCUGGGCGUGAAGCGUGACGUUGGUGUCGCGCGGUGCAUUAUACGAAUGGUGGGCUGGGGGGGGGGGCAAAGCGAUGGUAUUCCAUUCGUAAGCGUUGUCUGAACCGGGGAGGAAGGGGGAUUGUCGGACGAUGUCAUAUCUCUUUUCUCUAUUCACCUACUUCUCUGGCUAUAUUCUUCCACUUCCGCUUAUACUACCACUUUCUAGUUUUACUUUUCUUUUGCUUCCACUUUAGCUUCUGUUGAGGUUAGAAUCACACUGUGCCAUA